AUGCUCACCUUUACUACAGACAGAGCGUCAUCUCUGCAGAUUGAUUAUUUUUUACUGAAUGGAGUGGGACCAAGAUUGAGGCCUCUCUCACUAGGCCCUGAUAGCAUUGCAGCCUGGAUUCUGCUGGGGGUCCUGUUGGGGGCUUGGGCUCAGGAGAGAGAUGCUCUGGAUGGUUCCGCAACUUGGGGAUCAUUCGUUGGUUUCAGCUCUUUUAUUUUCCCCUUCUGCAAUUCCCUUUCUGUUGCCCCAAGAUGCCGUUCAAUUUUGUUGAUCCUCUCAACGUGGUCACAGCUGUGGUUUGAGAAGCUGGGUGAGGAAGCUGGCCUCCUCCUUGGAAAGCCAUAG